AUGUAUGCUGCUGCCGUGGACCUGGCAGCAUCGCCAGAGCUCAUUCUUCAAGAGAGCAGCUUAUCCCAGCAGCAGCUGAUGUUUUUCUUGCUAACGGGCGCGGUGGUGCUUCUGUCUGGCCUGUGCCAGUUCAUGUGGUACGGCCAUGGUCAGGCCGGAGGGCGGACUGCCCAGAACGAGGCAGUCUCUCUUCGCCAGGCCUGUGUUUCAGACUCGGACUGUCAGAGUGGCGGACAGCUACAGGACCCACAGGAACUAGGUCCAGGCUCUUCGCGCCGUCGAUGGAAGAAGAGUCAGGGUGGCUCGAGCCGGCCCGGGGCAGAGAACAGGGAUUCCCGAAAAGCAUUGCGGGAGUGCAUGGGUCUUGGGGAGUUACAGGCGUUCGAGGGGGCGCCGGAGGAGGCGCCGGAGAGGGCGCCAGAGGGGGCGCCAAGGGCGCCCGAUGUUCCCAUGCCUUUCCAGAAGCGCGAGGUGAAAUUUGGCCAUCUUGGCCAUCGCUCAGAUGUGCCAAGCACGCCACAAUCCCUGCAUCCUCCGCCCGAACGAGGGCAGCGCCACGCUGAACCGGAGCCGUGUGCAUGGCCGAUGCCUUUUCGUGACGAGUACCCACAAACUCAGAGCUCGGGAGGCCAAGAAGUUCAACCAGGGAUCUUCUGGGCCAAGCGGCGGCUGGCAGCCAGCUCGGAUGCGCAGCUCCUCCCGGACCUAUCUCAGGAUGAACACGUGGACUUCGUGCAGGGCUUUGCUCCCUUGGCCUGGGACCCCAUGGGACUAAAUGAGAAUGCUCCCAAUGCCCCGAAGCCCGCGUGGUGGGGCUCCCUGCGCCUCGCAGCCCUCUUUUCGGUGCCAAUGCCUCUGACUCCGCGCCCUCCUCCUGGACUUCCGCCGCCUCCGCCACCUCUAGCGCAUUUUGCAACCUCAGCGGACGACAACGUCCGGCCGCGCCUGAUGCGGCACUUGCGAGAAAGCCUGCGUGAAAGUAGCAUCCCAUCGGAGUUGAGCGAAAGCAACCCGCUGGUAAUCCCCAGCAUCGGGAGUUUUGGACAUCCUGACAUGUGCUACCGGCCGUGCUUGUACCUGGAGAAGGGGUGCUGCAAGCGUGACGCCUUCUGCACGCACUGUCACUUCGACCAUGAGAAGACACACAAGCUCGCCAAGAAUCACAAGAAGUUCGUUGAGACUCAGUUGGACGAGGUGUCUGUGCUCGCAGGGCUCUUGCCCUACAUCCAUGCCAAGGCCAUCGAACGUGGCCUGCAGCGGGAGGUGGGCAACUUGUGCGCUCUGAUCCAGCGCAGAGUGGAGCUCCUCAGCAUGUUCCUUGCACGCCGCCGGUUGAGCGUGCGGCAGCUUCCGGCAGAGCUGGCGCGCUCGAUGCAUCGGCUGUCCUUGCACACGCUGCUCGGCAUCCUCGUGCGACGAACAGAUUUCGAGCCCGAGUUCCGGGAGGUAGACUUGCUGCACCGCGAGUAUAAGCUGGCUCUGCGUGAGCGUUGCCGUCUGGAAAAGGAGCUGAGAGCCACAAGGUAUGCAGAGAUUCUCGGGCUGAAGACAACGCCAGAGUGUCGAGACGGCCAGCACAGUCCUGUCGCCCUUUUGCGGUUCAACUGCUUAAAGCUGCCAGUCACCAGUACUGGUUGGUGGAGUGCAUGUGCCGGCACAGCUGGCUUGUCGGAGACAGGUGCCUACAUGACCAUCCUCGGAGUCCAUAACAAGCGGCAGGACUGGCCUAACGCCCUGGCGACCCUCCGCGACAUGAUGAGCCGAGGUGUCUCGGUUGACAGCCUGGCGCUGAACGUCACGCUGUCCACAGGGGUGGCCGCGGACAAGGUGGACGAAGUCCUGAAUCUCCUGACUGAGGCGGAGCGGAUGAAGCCACCGGUCGCGGACGUGGUCUCCUACAACACCCUCAUCAAGGCAUUCACGCAGCGGGCCAACUAUGAUUCUGCGUGCGAGGUCUUGGAGAGGAUGAAAGCCCACCGCAUCAAUCCCAAUGCCAUCAGCUUCAACACCGUCAUGGAUGCUGCUGUACGUGCCGGGCGGCCAGAAGAAGCAUGGGUCCGCCAGCAGGAGAUGCGGAAGCAUGGAUACAAGCCAGACAAGUUCACCUGCUCGAUCCUGGUAAAGGCAUUUUGCAAAGCUGGGGUCUGCACCAAAGAGGAGACCGUGGGCCGAGCCAUCGCCCUGCUCGACGAGGCUGAUGAUUGUCUGGAUGCGAACUUGAAGGCAACUUUGUACAACAAUGUGCUCGAGGCAGCCACGAAGGCCGACCAAAGCGGCUCUGCGCUGAAGGUCAUGCAGCAGAUGCGACUCCGGCGGUUCUCGCGCCUCUGCCAAGUGGGCGGUGUGGCAGUGGCCGGAUACUGGUUGUACGACAUCGGCACCCGCGAGUGGUCUGUGCGCCACACUUGGUCCACGGCACUGUAUUUCAGCUCCUGGUUCCUGGCGACCUACGGUCGACAGCAGCUCUUCCGCCUCUGCCGCGAGGCCGAGAGGGGAGACGAGGUGCAGCGCAGCCUCCUCACGAAGAUUCUCCAGCGGCACCAGGAUUGCGGGGAGACGCGCCACCUGCAAGGAGUUGCGACUUACGACGUCUUUCGGAGCCAUCCUGUCACCUGUCGCAGCGACUACGCCCCAGGUGGUCGCUACGAAAGAAGAGAGCAGGGCGAUAUUGAGGAGGUGAGGCGGAUCUUCCUCCAAAGGGGCGUGCUGACUUCCUUCGCGGUGCUUGCGGGCUUUUUCCCCGAGUCGUUAGAUGAGCUGCAGCGCGUGGCCGUGCUAACCUCGGUGCAAGAUGCUCUCCGCCUGCUGCCGACCAUCUUGGCUUCCAGGGUCCAGAAGCUGUCGUUCGUCCUGGCCAGCCCUCUGGAGGCCUACGGUCUGAGUGAGGCAGACAGGCUCUACGCCCAUGCGCUCUUCGCCCUGAAGGACGCUGCACUCGGCAUCAUCCUCGCGAGCUCCGCAACGGGCGUCUCGAAGCUGCUGCAGGCUGCAAGAGACCACCGCCGGCACCUUGUGCAGGACAUGCGCAAUGGGCACCUCUGGGACCGGCAGCUGCCAGAGGCGGCGCCGCAGCCGGAGCUCCGCGCCGCGCUGGACGCCGCGCUUUCUGGCCCAGAUGGACGUCGGUCCCGAGAGGUGGACAGGAUGUUCAAGACGCGGGCAGUAGCAUCCGACCUGUGGCCGCGUCUGAAGGUGGUUGUCAUCACUGGCGAGACCUCUGCCGAUGAAGCCUUAAAGGAGAGCGUUGGUGAGGUUCCCGUCUAUGGCCCGCUGUACACUGCCGAUGAUGAGGGGUUCCUCCUUGGAGUGAACCUGUUCCCCGAGCUGCCAUUCGGCGCGUGGACCUACGUCUUGGAUCCCGGCAGCAUGUUCUUCGAGCUGGCCCCUCCGGACUCUGAUUGCCAUGAUGUGCCGGCUGACGUGGUCAUCCCAGCAUGGGAGGCUGUUGUGGGCCAAAGAUAUGACCUUCUCGUCACCAGUCACUGCGGUCUCUGCCGCUGUCGACUCGGAGACACGGUCCAGGUUCACGCAAUGUUUGGCAAAAUGCCCGUCGUCUCGGUCACAAAAGCUUCGCCCGCGCCAGAGGGAGAGGGAGAGGGAGAGGGCGCCGGGGCGGCUCCGCUUCGGGGGGUCUGUAGAGUGACGCUGCGACUGUGA